UCUGCCGGCAUUCACCAGGGCUCCACCUGGGCACCACCGGCGACAACCAGGGCGUUGCUGUAGCUCUGCCGGGGUCUGUAUGGGCCCCGGUGCAGCAACGGUGCCGUCCGGGUUGUUCCCGGUGCCGUCCCGGUUGUUCCCAGUGCCCCGCCGGUCGAUGCGGGUCCUUCACGGUAACUACCGGUUCAUCCCACAGGCCAUAUCAAAAAGCACAUAUUCAUAAAUGGCAGCUAUAAAGGUGGGAAUCAUUGGGGGAUCAGGUCUAAGCAACCCUGAUAUCCUCAAGGAAAGAACAGAGAAGCAGGUGGAAACUCCCUUUGGAAAACCAUCUGAUGUGUUGCUAUGUGGUAAAAUUGGAGACGUGGAAUGUGUCUUGCUGUCAAGGCAUGGUCGGGGUCACAGCAUCAUGCCCGGGCAUGUGAACUACCGUGCAAACAUCUGGGCAUUGAAGGAGGAGGGAUGUACACACAUUCUAGUCACCACAGCAUGUGGAUCCCUACAAGAUGGAAUUCAUCCUGGUGAUAUUGUUGUGCUUGACCAGUUUAUUGAUAGAACACACCACCGCCAACAAACUUUCUAUGACCGUACAGAGGGAGGUCCCAAGGGCAUAUGUCACAUGUCGAUGGCUGAACCUUUCUGUCCAAUAACCAGCGAGUUCAUCUACAAGACAAUACAAGAACUUAACUUAAACCACGAGCUGAAUUGCAACGCCCACAAGACGGGGACCAUGCUGACAAUUGAGGGACCGCGGUUUUCUUCCAAGGCAGAGAGCAAGAUGUGGAACUCCUGGGGCGCACAUUGUAUCAACAUGACCACAGUACCGGAGGUUGUGUUGGCCAAAGAGGCUGGCAUAUGUUAUGCAGCCAUGGGUCUUGUGACAGACUACGACAGUUGGAGGGAAGAUACAGCAUCAGUUAGUGUUGAGAGUGUUAUGAACACCAUGGCUGAGAAUUCCAAAAAAGCAACACGUGUCCUGCUUAAUGUCAUUCCAAAAUUGAAGGAAUUUGAUUGGACACAAAAACUUAAACAUAAUCAAGACGUGGUGAAUGGCUCCAUAUUACUAUCGCAUAGUUACUGAGACAUGAGGAUCAUUACAAGAAACACUUCCAUUAUCAUUGUCACUUAAAAUUAGAUGUGCAAUCUUACUAUAAAGGAGCAAAAACA